AUGGACCAUUCAUUGUCUGCGCUUGAAGCGAGGCCAGCAGCCGUCCUGGCUGGAAUCCUAUCCCAUCUCCUCUUCUUCAAGAGAGGCGAGCGCCAACUCCACCCAGAGCGCUACCUGAUGGCAUUCUUCCUUGCGUUUGUGGCCUCGAUCUUGACUCUGCAGUAUACUGCGGAUUUUCCUCUGCGUGUCGCGUUCCAGACCACGGCAACAUUUGCCGGUCUCUACCUGACGGGCCUGUACUCGAGCCUGAUCCUCUACCGACUGCUGUUCAACCAAUUGAACAAAUUCCCCGGCCCCUUCUGGGCGCGUCUAUCCUCGCUCUACAUUGCGCUCCGGGUCCGAAAGAACAAAGACUUCCACAUGUACUUGCUGCGCAUGCAUCAAAAGCACGGUCGCAUUGUCCGCAUUGGGCCCAAUGAUCUGUCCAUCAUCGAUGCGGAUUGUGUGCAGGUGGUCUCGUCAGCGCAGUCCAAGUGCACGCGAUCAAUCUUCUAUGACCAGCAUCUGCCCAUCACGUCUCUCCAUGUGACUCGUGAUGCGAGAGAGCAUGCACAGCGACGGCGUGUGUGGAGCAGGGCAUUCAGUGAAUCCGCGCUGCGUGGAUACGAGAGCCGUGUCCAGAAAUAUAACGACCUCUUACUAAACCACGUCCGAAACUCGAACAGUAAGCGCCUGGCCCUCCAAUGCACUCCGAUGGACAUGACAAGAUGGUUCAAUAUUUACAGCUUUGACGUUAUGGGCGAUCUCGGCUUCGGGCAGUCCUUUGGCAUGCUCGAAGCCGGCGAGAUGCACUGGGCUGUCGCAACCCUCCAGGAUGCGCUCACCAUCGUCGGCUUCAACUUCCCAACCUGGGUGAUACGCCUCUUGCACGCACUCUUCUCGGGCAAUGAAGCCGUCAGGAAGUUCCAGGGGUUUUUCAUAAGCCAGCUCGAACACCGGAUGCAGCUUCAAGGCAAACUCGAUAAUUUGGACGUCUCGCACUACCUGAUUGACCACUUCCUCAAGUCAGACCCAAUGGUGCAGAAGAAACUUGUGCCAAUGUUACAGGGCGAUACAAGGCUGAUCAUUAUUGCGGGCAGCGAUACUACGGCCAUCACUCUAACACAUCUGUUCUACUAUCUGACGACGGUUCCAGGUUUGCAAGAGCGUGUUCGUCAGGAGAUCAAUGAGUAUCGUCAACUGGAUGGCUCAUUCUCGAACCGUGACCUGCAGUCUGCACCGCUACUAAAUGCUUGCAUCAACGAGACCCUCCGACUCCAUCCAGCGGUGGCGUCAGGAGUGCCCAGGAAGACCCCCAAGACUGGCGUCCACAUUCGGGAUAUUUAUAUCCCCGCAGAUACAGUCAUUCAAAUGCCCUGGUUUUCCAUGGGUCGAGAUCCUGAAUACUUCCCCGAUCCAGAAAGAUUCAUCCCGGAGCGCUUCACCAAUCGACCGGACCUUAUUACGCACAAAGACGCCUGGGGGCCAUUCAGUGUCGGCCCGUACAAUUGCAUUGGCAAGAACUUGGCCUAUAUGGAAAUUCGCGGCCUGACUGCGCGGCUGCUGACUGAGUUCAACGUGUCCCUCGCACCAGGCGAAGACGGACAGAAACUGAUUAAUGAGUCGAAGGAUCACUUUACGCUGGGACUGCAGCCCUUCAAUCUCAGUUUCAAGAAGAGACAGUAG